AUGUUCAACAGCCUCCGUGCGUCUCUGUCGCUUUUGUCCUGCCGGCUGGUCUCGUCCUCACCGCGGACUCUGACCGGAGCCUGCCGCCUCCUCGGCAGGAUGGAGGCGGCCGUGGUGAGGUGCCUUCCUGGGGAGCCCAAGCUCUCCAUCGCCUUCUGCCUGGACGGCAGCCACAAGCACAUGCUGCGGGACCAGGACGAGACGGUGGGGAAGGCGCUGGCCCGGAUCUCCAAGAACAUCGCUAAGGGUGAAAGUAAGGCGAAGAGGUCGAGGAAGAACCGGGGGCAGCAGGGGGGUGAAGCCGCGGAGCCCACCGCCGUAAAGCUGUUCUAUGACGGGGACGAGGUGCCGGACACUUCACUGAGCUCGGAGGCGUGGAAGGACGGAGCCGUGCUGCAGGUGGGGGACAUUCAGUACUUGGUGCUGAGGAACCCUCCCACUUUCACCACCGCCGAGCUGCCGGUGUCCCUGAUGGCUGGUUUCCCAGUCUGCCCCAAACUGGAAGUGGAGUUUGGAAACCUCCAAGACUGCGAGUUCACGUGGUUGAAGGAAACCGUCCCAAACUCAAGGCCUGAAGCUGCUGAUGAGGUUCCAGCUCAGGACGGUGGCUGGACGCAGGUUGGACGCGACCGAGUCCAUGUGCCGUCCAAUCAGGACAUCGGUUGCAGGGUCAAACUGAUGUGCACGCCCAAAGAUGGAAGUCGCAGCGGCCCGGCAAAGGAGCUGAUCUCUGUGGGAGCCGUGGAGGCCGGACCAGGCAUGUGCACGUUUGACAACCGUCACGCGUACACUGUUAGGGCGGCGGAGUGGCCGGCUGUCAGGGUGGUGUCGUACAACAUCCUCGCCGACAUCUACGCCCAGACAGAACUGUCCAAGACGGUGCUGUACCCGUACUGUGCCCAAUAUGCCCUGCAGCUGGACUACAGGCAGAACCUGAUCAAGAAGGAGCUGGCCGGGUACAACGCCGACAUCAUCUGUCUGCAGGAGGUCGACCAAGAUGUGUUCGUGAGCAGUCUGACUCCGGCUCUGGACGCCUUCGGUCUGGACGGUGUUUUCAGGAUAAAAGAGAAGCAGCAUGAAGGACUGGCCACUUUCUACCGCAGGUCAAAGUUUAGGCUGCUGAGCCGUCAUGACAUCAUGCUGAGCGAGGCGUUGACCUCUGACCCGGUCCACUCUGAUCUGCUUGAGAGGAUUUCUGCUAACAGCAUCCUAAAGGACAAGAUCCUGCAGAGGUCCACCUCGUUGCAGGUCAGUGUGCUUGAAGAUGUCAACACACCAGGCAGGAAGGUCUGUGUGGCCAACACUCACCUGUACUGGCACCCGAAAGGGGGGAACGUUCGCUUGGUCCAGAUGGGCGUGGCUCUUCAACACCUGAGACGUGUGAUCAGCGAGGUCGCGCCUGAAGCCCCGCUGCUGCUUUGUGGUGACUUUAACUCCACCCCAAACACAGGUGUGUUCCAGCUGCUCAGUGAGGCCGUGGUUCCUCAGGAUCAUGCCGACUGGAGCAGCUCGGGGCCGGAGGAGGCCUGCAGCAUGGAGCUGCCCUCUGGCUUCCCCCCUCUGCUGAGCGCCUGCGGUCAGCCGGCCUACACCAACUACGUGGGAGGAUUUCACGGCUGCCUGGACUACAUCUUCAUACAGCAGGACAGAAUGCAGGUGGAGCAGGUGAUUCCUCUGCCCAGCCACCAGGAGGUCACCACCUACGAGGCCCUGCCCAGCGUGGCUCACCCCUCCGACCACAUCGCCCUGGUCUGUGACCUGCGCUGGAACCUCUGACCUCCAAACUCGAAGCUCCUGGAAAAGCAGGCUGCCACACUUUGCCUUUUGAAGCUUUAAAAUGUGUUCUUGCAGGUUUGCUGAAGAACAUUCAAGUGAAACCUGGACAAACAGAGACAUGAGGACAAGUGUCUCAACUACAGCAUGAUGAGUUGUAAUUAAGUUUAUAUGACAUUAUAUACGGUCCUUAUUAGACAGUAAUGAAUUUUCAUCACUGAUAUUCAGUGUUGAGGUGUGAAAGGCAAUUCAUUGAACAGUUAUUGUUUUUUAAAGAGAAUCUAUUACUGUUAGAGUGAAAUGCUCAACUGGUUUGAUAAUUAUUGUCAUUUUGAGUUCAUAUUGCCGACAGAAGAGAUGAAACCUUCUGGUUCUUCCUCUUAAACAGCUGUUAUUAAAGACUUUAAUUCUGCUGUGACAUGGUUCAUUAAUAAAUAUGAACAUUUUAUUCUAAGUAUUUAUUGAUAUGGCCACAUUUGUUGCUCAGUGAGGACUUUGUUUUAAUAAAGCUUCACUGGACAGCGUUAA